AUGCCCAAGAUGGACCGUGCAGGAUUUGCUGUUUUAAUGGUUCUGACUGUGGUGCUCAUGCGAGUUGGUGACAGUCACAAAGACACGACAGGUGGGAGUAUAGAGGGUGCAGGGGCAGGCCGCGCGGUCUUUGACCAGCCGCAGUCCCGGGGGAUCAGCCGAGGUCACUCGCCAAGGGGACCACGGGACGGUGCGUCCUCGAGAACAUCCGGUGACUCUUCACCUGGGAUCAGUCAGUCUAGGACUGUGGUCCGCCUACCCAGGGGAACAUCAUCUCAGGAAAAUCGCAAGCACAUAUCCAAAGCCAGAGAUGCUGCUGGCACCUCCGGGGAAGAUCUUGUCUCUGCGCCGCUGGAUGGUGCGCGGCGCACCGCUAGACAGCCUGUCAGCCAGCAGCAAAGAAACAGAGUGAACCGCAGGCAGAGCAGCAGGCGCAGCUCUGCCAGCACUAAGCGACUUAUCGGGCCUAAUGUCUGCGGAGGUCACCAGUGCUGCUCUGGUUGGGCUUUGGCACCAGGAACCAACCGCUGCAUAAAACCUGACUGUCAGCCCCCCUGCCAAAACCGUGGCUCCUGCAGCCGACCACAUACCUGCGUAUGCCGCUCAGGCUUCCAGGGCCCCCGUUGUGAAGAGGUGGCUCCAGAACAGGUGUACAUCCGUGAUGGAGGCGCCCUGAGGCGCAUUCAACCUGGCACCAACCCCUUCCAGAAAGACCAACCACAGAGAAGGCCCUCAGAAAAGCAUGCCGCUGAGACCACCAAGACCAAGACCACACAACCUACGGCUACCAAACAGCCCAUCCACACUGCGACCCAAGUGAGACGGGGACCCCCUGACUCCUCCCCUCAGCAGACUGGGACCUCCCGUACUGUGAAACGUUAUCCAUCAUCCUCUGGGCCUAUAACCUCCAAUGCUCUGCCCAGUGGCAAUGGCCACUCUAAUGGCCAUGGCAAUGAGCACGGGAACUGGCAUGGACACAGGAAUGGGCAUACCAACUCACAUUCCCAUAAUACUCACAGGCCUACCAGCAACAGCCAGCUGCACAGACAGUUCAACAAUGCAUUAUUACCAGCAGGGGCCAACCUCACCUCUAACCUGGAUCGCAUUAAGAUCGUCUUCACACCUAUGAUGUGCCGCAGGGUGUGCAGCGGCGGGCGUUGCUAUAAUAGCUGCAAGAAGGGAGACAUGACUGAGGUCUACAGCGAGACCUCGCCUCAACAGCCGCCGAAGAACCAGGGCUUCCGACUCUUCUUCUGUCAGAUCCCCUGUCUUAAUGGAGGCCGGUGCAUUGGCAGGGACCUGUGCUGGUGUCCCUCAAACUCAACAGGAAGGUUUUGCCACCUGCCAGCCCCUCCUCCUGCCCGACCCACCCCUCACAGCCACAGGAACACCAACCACCAGAGACCAAAAUCUCCAUCCCACUCCAUGUACACCCUCCCACUGUCCAAUCAGCCAGCAUCUCUCCACCCAUCCUUAGUGAACGUCCACAUUCAGCACCCUCCAGAGGCUGAUGUCCAGAUCCACCAAGUAGCUCGAGUCCAACCUGGGCAGAGACCAGCCACCACAGAGGGGGCUCACUCUGUCCAGCAGCGCUCCCAGCCUGGGAAUGGACACGAACACUCCAGUGAGCACAGCAGCAAACACCCACAUGGGAAUGGCCACGCCACAACGCACAUCCGUCAGAGUGGACACGUUGGAAGAUGCUUUCAGGAGACAGUCGAUGGACAGUGUGGCAAGCCUCUUCCAGGGCUAACCAAACAGGAUGAUUGCUGUGGAAGUAUUGGUGCCUCAUGGGGUCUAAACAAGUGCCAAAAGUGUCCAAGCAAACCAGCAUUUGCAGUGAUUGCAAAUGGACAAGUGGAAUGUUCCAAAGGUUUUAAAAGGAUGAAUCUCACACACUGUCAAGACAUCAACGAGUGCCUGUUGCCUGGAAUAUGUAAAAAUGCUGAUUGUAUCAACAGCAAAGGAAGCUACAGGUGCACAUGUAAACCAGGCUACAUGUUGGACCCUGCCAGGAGCCACUGUGUCUCGGACAAAGCAGUGUCUGACCAGAGGGCAUUGUGCUACCGGUCAGUUUCGGCAGGUGCAUGCUCUCUUCCACUUGCUAAUCACCUCACAAAGCAGAUAUGCUGCUGCAGCAGAGUGGGCAAGGCGUGGGGACCUGGGUGUGAUCGCUGUCCUAUACCAGGAUCAGACCACUUCAAGGAGAUCUGCCCCGCUGGCCACGGCUACACUUACUCACGAUCUGACGUCCAGAUCUCUCUUAGACAGCUGGAUGAUGUUGAGCUGCAGAGCAUGGGAGUGUCACUCGAGGAUGAGAGCCCAACCUAUCCUCAGUUUCCAUUUUCUCAGCCAUCAUUUCCCAGUGGGCCACAGUACCCCAUCUACCCGGAAACACCGCAGCUACCCCAAUACCCUGAGUACCCCGAGACACCACGAGCACCCCAGCCCCCUUUGACUCCACAGCACCCCUCUCAUCCAGCCAGAGAAACACCUAGACAGCCACACACAUAUGAUGUGGAAAUUCUGAGCCCGCCAGCUGUUGUGACAGACUCGCCCCCGCAGUAUCCAGAUACACCUCCUCCAGAACCCCCGGGCACCAACCUGAGGCCAGACUUAAAGGAACCAUCCCAUACAGAUUCAACUACGGGUAUUGACAAGUGCGCGACAACCCCCGCUAUAUGUGGCCGUGGGAGAUGCAUUCCUGUGCAGACCGGCUACACUUGCCACUGCGAGCCAGGAUUCGAGCUCAGUGCACUGCAGACCAACUGCAUUGAUGUGAAUGAGUGUGACGAGGAUCCAUGUGAAGGAAAGGGACGUUGUAUAAACAGCUACGGGUCCUACACCUGCCAGUGCCACAGUGGCUACAGCCAGGUGAUCACUCAGAACAGGAAGUUCUGUCAAGACAUUAAUGAGUGCAGCAUGCCCAACAAAUGCCAAAAUGGCAAAUGCGUCAACACUGAAGGAUCUUACACCUGUGAAUGCAACAGUGGCUACGCCAAGUCUUGGAGAGGCCUGUGUGAAGAUACAGAUGAGUGCAGGGAUCCCAGCUCCUGUCCCAACGGUGUCUGCAUCAACACUCCUGGCUCCUUCCAGUGCCAGGUUUGCGGACCGGGGUUCAGGCCUGUCGGUGAAAGAUGUGUGGAUAUGAACGAGUGCUUGAACCAAACCGUGUGCGGCCGUGGAAGGUGCGUUAACACGGAGGGCUCCUAUAGGUGCAACUGCUUCCAAGGCUACAAACUCUCAGUGGACAGCGUUUGCCAAGAUGUGGAUGAGUGUGUGCUUCCGGGAGUCUGUCUCAACGGCCGGUGCGUCAAUCUGGACGGAACCUACAGAUGCACCUGUAACCAUGGUUACCAAGUCACCUCAGACAGCAAAUCAUGUGAAGAUGUCAAUGAGUGCGCAACUGGUAAUGCCUGCCCCGCGGGAAUUUGCAUCAACUCUGCAGGUUCCUACACUUGCCAGAAAUGCAGGCCUGGGUUUGAACCAUCUGCUGAUGGACUGAGAUGUGAAGAUGUUGAUGAGUGUACCCAAGGUGACUUGUGUCUAGGUGGGGUGUGUGCCAACACAGAGGGGUCCUACAUUUGCACCAGGUGUAAGGCUGGCUACAGAGUGUCUCAAGACCGGCAGAGGUGUGAAGAUAUUGAUGAGUGCCAGUCCCCGUCUACCUGUGCCAACGGGAUCUGUCUAAACGCAGAAGGCUCGUACACCUGUGAAAACUGCCCUACAGGGUACAGAGUGUCAUUUGAUGGAGAACUCUGUGACGAUGUUGAUGAGUGUGCGCUGCCCACCACAUGCCCCCGAGGAACAUGCACAAACACAGAGGGUUCGUUCACAUGUGUCGUCUGUCAGCCUGGUUUCAGAGUGUCUGAGGACGGACAGCAGUGUGAUGAUGUGGAUGAGUGCUCAGUGGCUAACUUGUGCCCGGGUCAGCUGUGUUUGAACAGCGAAGGAUCUUACACCUGUAGGAGCUGCGAAGCUGGCUUUCAAGUGUCUGAGGGUGGUCAUUACUGUGAAGAUAUUGAUGAGUGCCAGUCUCCAAGUGUUUGCCCCACAGGUGUUUGUGCCAACACAGAGGGCUCCUUCUCCUGCAUGGCCUGUGAUCCAGGCUUCAAGCUGGCAUUUGACCGGCGCUCGUGUAGAGAUGUGAAUGAAUGUAAGGACGCCAGACUGUGCGUGGGAGGUCAGUGCACCAACACCAUCGGCUCCUAUAGCUGUUCCUGUCCCUCUGGUAUGGAGCUGGUGGAUGGGACAUCCUGCAGAGAUGUGGAUGAAUGCAGCAAAGAUGACGUGUGCAUCCGGGGACAGUGCAUCGACGCCGAGGGCUCUUUCUUGUGCUUAUGCGAGGCUGGCUUCAAAUUUAAUACUGAUACAGCUGACUGUGAAGACCAGAACGAGUGCAAGGAGUUUGGGAGCUCAGUGUGUGGUACCUGGCGCUGUGAGAACACCAUCGGCUCUUACCGGUGCUUCGCGGGUUGCCAGCCUGGCCAAGAGGGAGAACUCGCCACAGACUGUGAUAUUGAUGAGUGUGACAAUGAAACCAUCUGCGGGAGCCACGGCUUCUGCGAGAACACGGAUGGCUCCUUCCGCUGUCAGUGCGACCAAGGCUACACCAACCCACCCGGAGAUAUGACCAGAUGUGUUGACGUGAAUGAGUGCGAGAUGAGCCUGGCGCUGUGUGGGGAGGUCCUGUGUGAGAACUUCGAUGGCAGCUUCCUGUGCAUCUGCCCCAACGACAAUGAGGAAUUUGAUCCCCACACCAGCCAGUGCCGUUCCAUGGCUGAGAGACACCCCAAACCCAUUCCUGUGUUCCCUGCCUUGACAGAAGAGAGGAAGGAGUGUUACUAUAAUUUGAACGACGCAAACUUCUGCGACAACGUCUUGUCUCACAACACCACCAAGGAGGAGUGCUGCUGCACAGCCGGAGCAGGCUGGGGCGACGACUGUGAAAUCCACGCUUGUCCUGUCCAAGGAAGCGAUGAUUACAAGCAGCUGUGCCCAUAUGGCAGUGGAUUGCUACCCUUGCCCGUUUCAUCCACACAAAGUUUUGGAGAUGAGCAACGGCCUUAUAUAGAUGCAGAUGAAUGUGAGAUUUUUGGACAAGACAUUUGUAAGAACGGGCAGUGUUCAAAUCUCUUUGCUACAUAUACCUGCUACUGUCGCUCCGGCUUCUUCUACAACAACAUCCGGCUUGAGUGUGUGGAUUAUGAUGAGUGUGAAUUUGGAUAUGUGUGCGAGAACGGAGCGUGUGUGAACACGGCCGGGUCUUUCAACUGUUUCUGCAGUCCUCCGUUAGUCCUGGACAGCACACGGCGACGCUGCAUUAAUCUCAACACCACAGAGGAAGCUGUAGUAACAGAUGAUGACAUGCACGUGGGCAUUUGCUGGCAGCAACUCCAGGUCGACAAAAUGUGUGCGAACCCGCUCACAGAUCACAGAACUACAUACACUGAAUGUUGCUGUCUGCAUGGUGUUGCCUGGAGCGAACAGUGUGCCCUCUGUCCCAGGAAAGACUCUGCUGACUAUGCAACAAUGUGCAACGUGAGAGGAAGUUCAGAUAGUCUGCGAGAGCGACCAGGAUAUGAGUACGGUCUCGAGGGGAUAGAUGAUCCUGUCCCUCCAUAUUGGGAUAAUUACGGCGGCGCUGCUGGACCCUAUGAUAAUCCUGAGAGCGUUCCUCUCUUUAACGAGAAUGACUACGGCGUCCAGCAGCCACCCAUCCACGUCCCCAUCCGUGUUCCCAGUGCACAACCAAGAGAGUACCAGCCACAGCCAGUGGAUUCAUAUGCUGAACGCUAUGAAGGUUUUGAAGGUCUCCAAGCAGAGGAAUGUGGAAUCCUGAAUGGGUGUGAAAACGGUCGAUGCGUCCGUGUGCGAGAGGGCUACACUUGUGACUGCUUAGACGGUUAUGAACUCAAUCUAGACAAGAUGGCCUGCAUAGACAUCAACGAGUGUGAGGACAUCAGCGACAAAGUGCCCUUGUGUCAGAACGGAGAGUGCAUCAACACCGAGGGAUCCUACAAAUGCACCUGCUUGCCGGGCUUCGUGGCCUCUGCCAAGCCACACAAAUGCAUCCCAGCAAUCCCAGAGUCUAGGCUUAGGGAGGCAGGAAACUGAGUAUGUUGGAGUGCUGGCUUCUCUGCCCAUCUCCCCCGGGGCGUGACUCUAAACCUCCAACAGUAAUGCUGAAACGUCCAGACUCGUUUCCCUACAUACCACACAUACACACAUACUGUACUGACACAUGUACAUAUAGAAAGGACACACACACUUGCGUUCAGCACAGGAUGCAUUCAUAUCCCCCUCAUACUCAUUCAAGAGGACCAGGAAUUGUGCAGUGAAUGUAUUACAUGGGAUUUAGCAUUCUCCAAAUAUCCAUUUGCCUUAAAGGGAUUUUAUGGACUGAUCUUUUUUUUUUUUUUUUUUUUUUUUAAUUCAGUAAGCCCAGGCAAUUUGAUAUGCAGAUAUAUAUUUUCCACUUUAUUUUCUCUAUCACCUUCUUUUUUUUGUGUUAUUUAUUUCAUUUACAUGACGGGCCUCUGCUAACUACGAAAGCGACCUAUUUCAGAGGGCAUACUUGAUUCGUCUUGUUUUACUUGUCUCAGUAAUCGACUUCAGAGACAGUGUGGGGAAAUAAUAAAAGAAGGAACGUCACCAGAUAUCAGCCAUACUGUAUAUCAGAAUGCUCAUUGCUGUCAAACCUCUCACCAAUUUCUCAGUCAUUAUAAUUACAUUUACCUUUCAGCACAGAACCGUUCCCGCAGCUGCCUUUCUUUAACAUUACCUACAAGCUACCAUUGAAGAGGCUCUGGACCAUGAACUGGGACCUCAAAACAGCCAAACGUGACAUGGGCAUGGAGAGACUGUAGAUGUAUAAGAUGAUGUGUGACAUACUGAAAAUAUUGUAAUAUACUCUCACUGGCCACAUCAUUAGGUAUACCUUGCUAGUGCUGGUUUGUGGUACAGAUUCAGUCAUUUCAGCUACUCCCUUAAUCCCAAGAGGUUGCCACAGCAGAUGGAUCUGCAUAUUUGAUUUGAUACUGAUUUUACGCAGGAUGUCUGUCUUGUCACAGUCCUCCCAGCGGUGUCUCAGCAGUACACUAGCUUGUGACCCCCUGAGCCUGGGUUUGUGUCUUCCAGAAUCAAACCACUGAUCCAUGCUUUCGUGUUGAUUAUGCCAAAUUCUGACCCUAACAUCCAAAUAUCAGCGUCUUCCCAAUCUUCUAUUGUCUGACUGUGGUGAGUCUGUGCGAAUUGUAGCCUGUUUUUAGCUAACAGAAGGGGCACCUUGUUGUGGUCUUCUGCUGCUGUAGCCCACCUACUUCGAGGUUCAACGUGUCGUACGUUCAGAGAUGCUCUUCUGCAAGUGUUGGUAGUAAUGAGUGGAUAUUUGAGUUACCGUUGUCUUGCUAUCAGGCUGAAACAGUCUGGCCAUUCUACUCUGACAUCAACAAGGUAUUUUCACCCCACCCAGAGAACUGCCGCUCACUGGGUGUUUUCUCUUUUUCAGACCAUCCUCUGUAAACACUAGAGAUGGUUGUGUGGGAAAAUUCCAGUAGGUCAGCUGUUUCUAAAAUUCUCAGACCAGCCCACCUGGCACCAACAACCAUGCCACAUUCAAAUUCACUUAGAGCACCUCUCUUCCCCAUUCUGAUGCUCGGUUUGAACUUCAGCAGGUCUACAUACUUAAUGCUUUGAGUCACUGCCAUGUGAUUGGCUGAUUAGAUAUUUGCAUUAAGAAGCCAUUGCACAGGUGUACCUAAAGAAAUGGGUGGUGAGUGUAUAUAACCUGUCUUCGUCUGUUUGACUCCAUUUUCAUGUGAUACCAGCAGCAAUGUAGGGAAACUGUUACUGACCCAGCACCUUUCUUAUUAACAGUAUUAUGCUUGUUUUAUACCAGGCGACCGUGACUUUUAUUCUUGGCUUUGUCGGUUUUGAAAGUAUGGGAUGGUAAAUGUUUUUUUUUUUUAAUGCAACCACAUCACACAGGACAGAAAUGAGAGGAUUUCUUUUUCACCUGUAAUGCAUUUGGAAUUCAAAUCUCACACCAGGCCCUUCCCAUGUCUGCAUCUCUGAACACAUGUAAAGACAAAGGCUUCACUUGUUGGAGAGGUUUGGUAUGUUUUGUACAGCUCUAGUACUAUGUAAUAUUUUUGUUAUGUAUUCUCUUAAUGCAUUAUAGCACAACAAAUAUUUUUGUUUGACAUAAAACAUAAAAUGUAAGAAAUAUCUGUCAUUAUAGCUUUGUAGAUUUAUAUGUCUGUAAAAAUGUUUUUUUUUUUUUUUAAAGCAUAUCUUUUUAUGUAUGAGGAGAGUGGCUGACACUGUAUCAGAGGAACUGUGUGUAUACCCUGCCCUGUGGAGCAGACAAUGAAUUAUAUUUUUUGGAAGUGGCAGCACUGUUCUAAUUACAGACAUUCUGACUCCUUAACUUCAUUACAAAGACAACGCAUUUGAAAUGCAAGCACCCACGUCUGUGCACCACAACUUUACAGCUAAAUAUUAGUAAUUGUGAACUAUUUGCUUUAGUCUGUUGAAUCAUUAUGUCAUGAAUGUAUCAUAGACAGUAUCAGCUUUCUGGUUUCUGAGUAACCAUUUGUGCCUUGUACUCUUUGUAUAUUCAGGAUGAAAUCACAGCAACACAAACAUUAAAAUCUAAUCCUGAAUCUGGAGGAUCACUAAAGUUUGCCAUUAACCUGCAUCCAUAAUCUAUAAACCAGCAGUUGUACAGAUGUUUUGUCUUGACACCCACUGUACUUUGCUGGUUAAAUCAUUGCCCGAACCUGACCCUAACUUUUAAGAUUUAAGGUCAAACUAAAAGAAUAUUUAAAGUCUUUUCUUUUUUUUUUUUUUUCCAAACCCACGAACAGCCUGAGAUAAAUGUAAAGCUGUGGUCAGCGGAAACAUCAUGCUCAUUCAUUUUGUUCACCUC